AGGCCAUCAGUAGCUAUAAGCGCGUUACGCGAGUCGUUCUUAAAUUAAGAAUCGACAAUUUAAAUUUUAAUUCUAUCUAGUCAAAAUUUUUAAAUUAAAUAACAAUAAUUUAUUGCAAAACAGGUCAUUGACCUGUAAUUGAAUUCGCGUAUCCGUUAAAUGAAUUUAAAACAUUAGAUAAUUAAAAAAUUAGAUAAUAAAAAUGACUAGUCUACAUAAAUAUUUCAACCAAAAUCCUCAAAAAAAUGGAGCAAUUUUUUUCCUUAUUUUUUCUCUACUCUUCACUGAAAUUAGUGCCUUUAGUCUCAGUGGUUCAAAACUAAAUAUCAAGGAUCAUUGCGAUAGUCAAAUUUACUGCACUGGAGAAUUACUGGAAACCAUUCAAUUAUCAAACAUUUAUCCAGACAGUAAAACUUUUGUUGAUUUAGUUCAAAGAAACGAUCCCGAUGUGACGUUGAGAAAAUUUGAAGACUUAAUGACGAGGACAAAUAGAAAACCAACGAAGAGCGAAUUAGAAGUCUUUAUUUCGGACGCUUUUACAAAUCAAACUGAAUUAGAAGAAUGGAUUCCACCAGACUGGAACAAGUAUCCACCAAUUUUAUCCCAUAUUCAGGAUCCAAAAUUUAAAAUAUUUGCAAAAAAUUUGAAUGACCUGUGGAAAAUAUUGGCAAGAAAAAUAAAACCAGAAGUGGCUCUUCAUCCCAAUAGACAUAGUUUAAUUCCCGUUGAAAAUGGAUUCAUCAUUCCUGGAGGACGUUUCAAAGAAUUUUAUUACUGGGACAGCUAUUGGAUCAUCAAGGGUCUACUUCUCAGCAAUAUGUAUAGUACUGCGAAGGGAAUGAUAAAAAAUUUCGUCAGUUUCGUCGAUAAUUAUGGAUUCAUUCCAAAUGGAGGAAGAGUUUAUUAUUUAAUGAGAAGUCAACCUCCAUUAUUGACAUAUAUGGUACAAACUUACGUCGACGUCACUCAGGACUAUAAAUUUGUUGAAGAAAUUCUUCCAUCUCUGGAUAGAGAAUUCGAAUAUUGGGAGAAGAAGAAAACUGUAAAUGUUCCCUUCAAAGGAAAAAAUUACGUAAUGGCUAGAUAUUACGUCGAAGAUGAAGGACCAAGGCCCGAAAGUUAUCGAGAGGAUUACAAAUUGGCCAGAAAUCUAACCAGGAAGGAGGAUAAAAAAGAAUUGUACGAAAAUUUAAAAGCUGGCGCUGAGAGUGGUUGGGACUUUUCAGCUCGUUGGUUUGUCUCCUCUUCAAAUUUGGGUCAAAGUGCCCGGCGCAAUAUUUCAAAUAUUGCCACAAAAUAUAUUAUUCCCGUCGAUCUCAAUGCGUAUCUUCAACGUAAUGCCAAACGUCUCAGUAAAUUUCACGCUAAAUUUGGAAAUUUCGUAAAAUCACGUUAUUAUCAGCAAAUAGCUAUGAGAUAUCAAGUUGGAAUACAAACACUUUUGUGGAAUGAAAAAGAUGGAAUAUGGUACGAUUACGAUAUGCUACACAAAAGGCAGAGGAAUAUAUUUUAUCCGUCGAAUUUCGCUCCAUUGUACACAAGGAGUUACAAUAUUGAAAAUAGAGUGAUGUACGCUAAAAGAACUCUAAAUUAUAUCAAAACCAAGAACAUCACUAGCUUUUUAGGUGGAAUUCCCACAUCGUUGGAUGACACUGGUGAGCAAUGGGAUUUUCCAAAUGCUUGGGCACCAUUGCAAUCGAUGGUAAUUGUUGGACUUUAUUUAACGAAUUAUGAGCCGGCUGUAACUUUAUCUAAAGAGCUUGCAACUAGAUGGCUGAGAUCUAAUCAUAUUGGUUUCAACGAAUUUAAUGAAAUGUUUGAAAAGUACGAUGCAGUUAAACCCGGAUUUUACGGUGGAGGAGGAGAAUAUGUAGUUCAAUCAGGCUUUGGAUGGACGAACGGAGUUAUAUUUGAAUUAUUAGAUAUUUAUUGCACUGCUACUUCCGAUGACAAUGUUAAGGUGCCAAAUGUAAAAUGUAGACCGAUACCAGCUUAAACGAAUAUUUCCGGAUAACACACAUUCAGAGGCUCAAUUGAUAUCAUUUUAAUUAUGUGCUCAACAGUUUAUUUACAAAUUAUAUUAAAUUUCAUUUCAAGAAAAUAAUUGCCGACAAUUUUGAUGCUUUAGCAAAUAUUUCAUACCUAUAAUUAUUAAUUUAAAAUAUUAACGACGUCAAAAGGUAUUUUUUUUCGAUAAAUGCUUUUUGAUCGAAAUAUGAUAUUUAAUUUUAGAUCAAUUAAUUAACGUACGAUAUUAUGAAUAGUUGACAAUAAUUGUGAAUGUCUCUAUUUAUGGUAAAUAUGGUAUUUGUGAAUAUACAAUUCUUCUUAAAAGAAAAAUGAAAACUGGUUUUUCAUAAUAGUCGUUGACGACUAUAAUAUGAAUUUUCUUCUAUUUUUGCUUGAAAAUAAUUAUAUUCGCGGUCCUGCGGCAAAAAUAGAUUUAUAAACAGAUAUAUUUAUAGAAAUUAUAUCACAAUAUAAGUAUUUUUUCCAUUAAGCGGUAUAAAAGUGUUACGUUAUUUUUAUAACUCUACUGUGAUACCACUUUUAUGUAAAUCGAGUCAAUUGUUACAGUGUAUUAAAUAAAUUACUUAAUUUGUAGAAAAGUAA